UGACUAAAGUGACGUUGACCUGUGAAAAAAUUGAAGAUUUUACAAAGCGAGAAUCCAAAUGAAACACGUUUCAUUGUUUUGAACUUUGAUCAGUUUGAGCACUUCAGAAAUCUGUUGGCACGUCAAUGGCAAAGAAACCUGUGAAAUACACUCUGGUGGACGCGUUUACUGAGUCACUGUUCAAAGGAAACCCUGCUGCAGUGUGCCUCUUAGAAGAGGAUAGGGAUAAAGAGUGGUUUCAAGCAGUGGCAGCUGAGUUCAAUUUAUCUGUCACAGCUUACGCAACUCGCAUCACUGAGUCCCAUCACAACCUUAACUCGCUCCAUGGAACCUCUGACAAUCCUCGUUUUCACCUCAGAUGGUUUACUCCUGUUACUGAGAUAGAGCUCUGUGGCCAUGCUACCUUAGCUUCUGCUCACACACUGUUUUCAUCUGGUUUGGUGGAUACUGAUGUUGUUGAAUUUGUGACGCUUUCUGGAGUAUUGACUGCAAAAAAGAUCCCAGUGAUCAAUAUCACCAGUGACUCAGACUUGCUAAAGGGUGAAGCUAAGGAUGGGUUUUAUAUUGAAGUGAAUUUCCCUGUUGAUCCUGUUAUAGAAUUCAACUUUGAGGAGACUUCCCAAAUUUCUGGUGCAUUGAAUGGUGCUUCCAUAAUUGACAUAAAGAAGACAAAAGAUGGAGAUGACUUAUUUGUUGUGGUCGAAUCUGGAAGUGCUGUCGAAGAACUACAGCCACAACUUGAUGCAAUAGUUAAAUGUCCUGGAAGGGGGAUAAUUGUUUCUGCGAUUGCCCCUCCUGGCUCAGGGUUUGACUUCUGUAGUAGGUUCUUCUGCCCAAAAUAUGGAGUCAAUGAGGAUCCUGUUUGUGGGGGUGCUCAUUGUGCAUUAGCACCCUACUGGAGCAAGAAGCUAGGGAAGUGUGACUUCAAUGCUUACCAGGCAUCAGCCAGAGGGGGAGUUCUCAAUAUUCAUCUCGAUGAGAAGAACCAAAGAGUGCUUCUGCGUGGAAAGGCAGUUACUGUAAUGGAAGGCUGUGUUCUGGUCUAGUCCUGUUGUUAACAUUGCAGAGUUUGUAAUAGCACCAAUGUUUUCGAUGACACCAAGUACUACACUGUUGCGAUACUUUAUUAUUAUGACACAAUAAUCUUCUGAGUCGUUUUAUGUA